AUGACUUCUGUUGGCAAAGAACCCAGGGCAGAUCCAAACUCACCCUGUGAUCUCCUAGCGGCCAAUGCCGUAUCGUUCGACUCUGCGCUAGACAGCGCGACUUAUAACAAGGCAUUUGAUGACUUUGGAAAAUGCAAGGUAUUACUGCUGGGUGAUGCUUCGCAUGGGACAUCUGAGUUCUACACGGCGCGCGCGGAAUUGUCCAAGUACAUGAUCGAACACCACGGGUUUAACAUUAUUGCUAUUGAGGGCGACUGGCCAGACGCAGAAGUUGUGGAUAGAUAUGUUCGGCGCCGAACACUUCCCGAUAAAGGCGUCAGUCUCACGGCCACGGGCAAGACUAAUGAUGGACGUGAGGCACCAUUUAUGCGCUUCCCAACGUGGAUGUGGCGAAACUUGGAAGUACAGGAGUUUGUGGAGUGGCUCCGGAAAUACAACACAAGCCAAAGCAAGUCUGUGCAUGAAUCCGUCGGGUUCUAUGGACUGGAUUUAUAUUCUCUUCGCAGCUCUAUGCAAGCUGUCAUUGAAUAUCUCGACCAGGUGGACGCCGACAUGGCCAAGUUGGCCAGGCACAGGUAUGAGCAGCUAAUGAUGUGGGCUGACGACCCUCACGACUACGCCUACGCAGCCAUCACGCCAGGAUUCGAAGGCUAUGAAAAAGAGGUUAUAUAUAUGCUGCAGGACCUACUCAAAAAGCGAGUUCAAUACUCCUCGGUCUACUGGGACGGGGACGAGUUUCAUAGCGCAGAACAGAAUGCGAGAGUUGUGGCUGACGCAGAGCGGUACUACAAGACAAUGUAUUAUGGGUUGAAUGAGUCCUGGAACCUGCGAGAUACACACAUGGCGAACACACUAGGCCGGAUUCUCAAGCACCGAGGUGCCAAAGCAAAAGCGAUCGUGUGGGCACAUAAUAGCCACGUUGGGGACGCCCGGGCGACUAGCAUGGGCGUUUCCCGGCGUGAAAUCAACAUUGGUCAACUGUGUAAGGAGACGUACGGCCAAUCCUGCCUGAGUAUAGGUUGUGGCACUUACACCGGAAGUGUUGCAGCAGCAGAUUGUUGGGGCGGUGACAUGAGAGUUAUGAAAGUACAGCCAGCAUUACCCGGUAGCUAUGAGGAGCUGAUGCAUGCCACGGGCGUCGACAACUUUGCUCUGGACCUCAGACCUGGAAAAUGUGACGGAACCCUGCGGAAAGAGUUGAUGAAGCAGCGACUAGAGAGGUUUAUUGGCGUCAUAUACAAGCCAAAGACGGAAAGACGAUCUCACUACUCUUCGGCUAUUCUUCCGGAACAGUUUGAUGGUUUCUUAUGGUUUGAUAGCUCCUCCCCUGUAAGGGGCAUUGAAACUCACCAACCGGAGGAACCUCUAGAGUACGAUGAGACCUGGCCGUUUGGCUUGUAA